AAGCAGGUGGUUCAGGAAAAGGAAAUAUCAAGGAGGAGAAGAGGGGUGAAUAUCCAGAAAUGGUUUUUACUUUCUGGUCCGCUGUCGCUGUUUUAAUGAUUUCAUUAGAGAAAACUCUUGGCAUUCCGGUAAAAAAAUACAAUGAAAACCAAAAACAUUUUGAAUUAGAAACAUUACCAAUGAAAGAAUACCAAGAAAACGAAAGUUUAAAAAACCUACUACAAGGCAAAAUUACAACUGAAAUUACUUUAAAAGCAAGCCAAAGCCGCACCCAAAGCCAAGUAGAUGAUAAAUUCAAAUGCUAUAUUUCCGGCAUAACUUACAAUACCAAGCAAGAAUUAGCCUUGGAGUUAGAGGCUAAUGAUUAUCAUGAACUUAUUUUAAUUUCGGCUUACAGCUGCCCUACUUGCGGACGGUCAGGGAAAGAAAAAGGCAAUUUAGUUUCUACUCUGGAUGUUUACACCCAAUCGGUUUAUCUCACUGAAGACGCUUAUGUCUUUCAAAAUGCCUACUGGCAUAGAAAAUUAAUACCCGAUCCCCAAGGUUAUUUAGAUUUACAGAAACUUUUACACAAAAGGCAAGCUCCAGAAAAAGACGGAAAAUUAGAACUACGAGAGAAAUUAGAAGAAGAUACGGAAAUCACAGCGAAUAGUGGUAAAGGUGAGUGGAAAAAAGAUACUAAUCCCAUCAAUCCCAAACCUUUAGAGAAUCCUAAACCUCAUGAAUUGGAUUUUUUGCGAAGAGUAGAAGGAUUAGUUAAAAAAUAUUUGUCGGCGUAUACUUAUACCCAUGAAAAAUUAAGGAUUAUUUAUGAGGAGGAGUAUUUAAAUGAGAUAAAUAAGGUAGUAGACGAGUUCAACCAUGAGGGAGAUGUAGGCAAAAGUGAAGAUUAUGCUUUUGACCAUUUUAGGUUAAUUGAUCAUAAAGCUGGGGUGAGUGAUUCUGAUUAUAAACUUUACCUCGAACAGGCUUCUAAGCGUAAUUUUUCUGUGAAAGUUGAAAGAUCCGUAACUGUUUUAGAAGCCCUUCUUAAUAGUGGUAGGGAUUUAGAAAAUAGAAGCGACGAAAAUAUUGAACAAAUCAUUAAAUCUUUAAAAGAUGCCAAACCCUUGGUUGAUGAUACUAUGAAGACUAGAAUAGAAAAGACUAUUAGUGGUUUUGGCAAAGAAAUGGCAAGAAGAAAAGGCAAAAAAGAAGAAUACGAACGCUAUGAAAGAGAACGACAGGCUGACCGGCAAAGAUUAGAAAAUAUUGAACGAAACAAUAAUAAUUUACAAGCACAACUUAAUAAUGCGAUUAGUAACAAUAAUACUAGCGAGCAAAAUAGGUUGCGACAAAGGAUUGUCGAAAGCGAAAAUGAGGCACGACGACUGAGAGAGAACAUUAGAGAUUAUGAAAAUAGAUUAAGAAAUCUGGAAAAUCGAAGAAUUGACGGCCAAGAAGUAGAAAAUAACUCCGACAAAUUAUUUAUUCAGUAUGAUGUAGGAAGUAUUUUUACAAAGGGAAAGAUGUCAAAGGGAAUUGGUAGUCUCAUGGGUGGAAUAGGAACUAUUGGUCAAGGUUUAAUUGACGUAGCUACCAAUGUUUUAACUUUUGGUCAUGGAACUAACAUGUUGGGCGGUGGUAGUAUCCAAUAUUUUCAAGCGGAUGUAGGAUCUGUUAAAGGUAGACAUCCCUCAGUGUCCGGAAUUUACUUUUCCGAGUUCGCUACUGAGGAUCAUAGAGGUGGGGGGCCGUUUGGAAACCAAGCAGGCAGUUAUAUCUUACCUUAUUUUUAUGGUUAUAGUAAUGAUGCCAAAGAUGAUGCAGGCAAUAAACUUCGUUUUACCCAGAGCAAGAAAAGAUUUGAAGUAGAUACUCAUAAUUUGCCGGCUCAUUACCUAUAUACUCAUUGCUAUUACAAUUUUCGGAUUUAUGGAGAAGAUUUUGCUAAGAUGUAUGGGGAUUUGAAUACUAAUGACGGAGGAUUAGCUAAAUGGGCGGCUAUGGCAAUUGGCACUUUGGCAUUGAACGCAGGUGGUGCUGCUAUUUCCGGACUGGCUAAUUGUGCUACUGUAUCAGAAGAAGGAGCAAUGAACACCGCCAGGGCUAAAUCAAUUAACCGAGCCGCAGAUGUUCUUACCUUUCGCGAUUGA